UGUAGUGAUUCAGUACGCUGUGUGGCUGUGCGAAAAAACUAUCAAAACAUUCCGCCUUCGCUGGUGUUCAUUGCACAAAUAAAAAAGCAACGCCAAAGCAUAACGGAUAAAGUAGUCCUGUUAACUCGAAUUGCAAUUAAACAUACAGUGUUUUUAAAGAAUUUUGAAAAAAUUAAUUUCGAAAAUAAUUUAAAAAAAUUUGAAAAUUUUCGAAAAAAAAAUUUUGCAGUUUUUUCGCGAAAAUUGUUCGAAAAAAUAUUUGCUUGUAUUCGUAAAGUGCAGUUGUUCAACAACAAUUGAUUUUGUUUGUUGUAAACGUGCGUCGUUUGGUGCAAAAACAUUGAAUUCACUUUUUUUCKGCAGCUGCUUGUGUUUAAUCACACAUACACACACAUACAUAAAGUAAACGCGUCGCUAGUGCAUAGUUAUCUGCCAUAAUCAGCAGAUUCCUCAAAUUGUCAUUGGGACAAAUUAUCGAAAAUUUCUCUUUCACUUCGGGAAAGCCAGCCUGCCUGCUAGUCAGCUAGUCAGCCAGCCAGCCAGCCAGCCAUGACAUCAGUGCGCAACAAUGCAGUCUCCGCGAGCGUCGCCGCGCUGCUGCUGGGAUGGGUUAUUUUUGGGUGCCUCAAUAAUUCGGUACUGGCCGAUGUCGCGCAGAAAUCAGGUGAAAAAUCCACAGACAGCACAGAUCCAGAUUACUUUUACGACGAGUCAAGCCCUGAGAAUAUAAAGGCGCCAUCCAAACCGCCACAACCAACAAUAACUCCGUAUUUUGAGGAGGCAAAGAAAACUGUUUAUGCCAAAAAGAACGCCACAGUGACUUUARCUUGUCCAGUGAAGGAUUAUGAUGAAUCGCAACACCUAAUUGUCUGGUUUAAGAACAACAACACCAUUACCACUGGGCAGGAAAUCGUCGCCGACGCAACACUCUAUCAUCUGGACAAGGACAUGAAUUUGGUUGUGGAUCACGUGUCGGAGAAGACCGCAGGCGACUACUCGUGCACCGUUAUGCCGCAUAAAGUUAAAAUGGACAUACAUUUGGUAAUCGGCGAGGAGCCUGUGGCCGACAACAAACAGAUAAUGGUGAGCGCAAGCGCUCUACUCCUGCUCUCCACAUUGCUGGCGCGAGAAUUGAGCUUUGGCAUUUUACGUUUAGAUACAUUCUUUUAGGCGCACAGUUCGUAAGCAGCUUCUUUUGUGAAAUGCAAACAAAAAAAAGAUAAUAUUGUAAUUGUACCAUAGCUGAGAAUAAUUGUUUUUGUUUUUAUUAUUUUUGAUUUUUUUUUGUUUUUUUUUUUGUUUUUUUGUAUUUUUUGUCUGCAUUCACUAAAUACUACAACUUGCAUACUUUAUAGCAGAAGACUUAAACCCACAGGCAGUUAGUAUAUAAAUAUAUAUAGUACCCGUUUAUGGUACCGAAUACCAAAUAGGCAGGCAAUUAUAUAAUGUAGUGCAUUUGAUAGUAUAGUACACAGUAUAAUAGCGAUGAACACAAUAGUAUUUUAAACGAAUAUGUGUAUGUAGGUAUGUAUGUGCAGUGAAUUGGCUUGCAAGAGCUUUAAAACGCUGGUAAAACUAUGAAUUUGUUGUGAAACAAUGAUAYUUAGCAUAUUUCAAGUUUAAAUUGCCCAUAAAUGGAUUUUCAUCGAAACGGCCUAUGCGGUUUCAUCAAAAGGACGAAUUCAUACUUUUUAUAAAUAUGCUUGUUUUUUGUAAGAAUUAUCAAGAAAAAAAUUUUUUUUGAAAAAAGUAUAAUUUUGAUAUUCGUCGAAAACACGAACUCAUAUUUUUUCGAAAAUGCUUAUUUUUGCAAUGAUCGUAAAGAAAAUAUGUUUUUUUUUUAUUAAAAAAUCAGUAUCAGAAAAGUCUAAUUUCAAUUUUCAGCGAAAGGACGAACUCGUAUUUCUAGAAGUAUACUUAUUUUUGUAUUAAUUAACAAGGAAAAUGUUUUUUUAUGAAAAAAACUUCGUUUCUUAUUGGAAAAUUUGAAACCGAGUUGAAUAUUUUAAUUUACUGUAAACAACUCAAAUAGCGCUCAUAUGUCAAAUCUUUCUGAGUAUGUAUAACAGCAAAAAUAUCAAACUUUAAGAUAAAGUUGUGAGUUGCCUGAUAGAGAUUUAUACAGCUAUAUAACAAAAAUAGUGUACGUCGAAUCGAUGAAAACUCAUUUCUUUUUUUAAGUGCGCAUUCUCGAAUUGUAAAAAGUAAUUAAAGACGAUUUGCAACAGUUAAAAAAAUAGCAUGUAUUUAUUAUACAUAUAUAUUUAUAUACAUACGAGUAUGUACAUACAUUAUAUAGAUAUUUAUACUUUUAGAACGCAGAAAUAAGUUUGAUAAAUUAUUUUACUAGUGUAACUAGGCCUUUUUUCAAAUAAAAAC